UCGGAGCUCGCCUCGACCCGCUCGAUUCAAAACCCAAUGCCCCACGCUCGACAUCGGACGUUCGGUAGUUCGCCACUCUGACGGGCAAAGCGGCCAAGACUUCGCCUUUUGCCAACUUGGCCGAUAGUGUUUCGAUCUCUGACUCUGUGAACAAGUGCCUGAACCCACGGAAGAGCUGUCUUCCCCGCGAGACUCGAACUACGCAGAAACUGAUCGGAGAACCCGAGAAACAAUCUAUUUUUUUUCACGUGCUUGUGUCUGAUAAACUGCCGGAUUCGCCAAUACGACUAUGAUGCUGCCCACACGCACCACCUAAUCCAGAGAUGCCCACCAUGAUGCCACUGCUGAUCCUCCUGGCCGGCGUCGGCCUAGGCCUCGUCCCGGUCCUGGCCAGCAGUCCCCACCAGAACGGGGGCCAGGCGGCCGGCCCGAACGGAUUACAGUGCCAGCGGAUUGCCGUUUCCGCCUGCCAGGGACUCGGCUACAACAUGACCGCUCUGCCCAACCUGGCGGGUCACACCAACCAGCUGGAGGCUGAGCUGCAGAUCGCCAAGCUGCUUCCUUUGAUCGAGUCCGGGUGCUCCCCACGCGCCCGCUUCCUGCUCUGCUCCGCCCUGUUCCCGCUCUGCACCCCAGACGUGCCCCGCCCCAUCACCGCCUGCAAGUCCUUGUGCACGACCGUGCGGGGGGAGUGCGCCGCCAGCUCCGCCGCGGACCUGAUGGAGCUGUGGCCCUCGUUCCUCAACUGCGAGGUCCUGCCCCAGCCGGAGAAGCACGAGCUGUGCAUGCAGAUUUCCGAGGAGCUGCCCGCUCAAGGGGGACUGGCCGAAGGAGGAGGCUCCUCCACCCAGAGUCCGGCAGCCGCCGCGGAGCGCCACCCGGAGCUGAGUCCACCACCGUCCAUGUACCGCUUCUGGAAGAAUGCGCCACAGGGAUCGGGCCAGAGCUCGGGCGGGAACGGAGUACUGUGCCCCCAGAACUUCAGCGCAAAUCCUUUGAACCCGGAGCUCUGCCUGCCGCAGUGCCAGCGGGACGCCUUCCACACCACGGCCCAGAAGAAGCUGACCGAGAGCCUGAUCCUGGGCCUCUCCGCCGUCUGCUUCGUCCUCACCCUGUUCGCGCUGGUGACCUUCUGGGCAGAGCCCACCCGGUUCGGCUACCCGGAGCGACCGGUGCUCUUCCUCUGCCUGUGCUACAACCUGUUCAGCGUCUGCUACCUGGAGAGGAUCGUGUUCCACAACCAGGCCCGCAGCCUGGCGGCGCAGAUGCAGGACGUGCCCCGGCUGCGGCAGGGCUGCCUCCUCACCCCGCCCUGCCUGGCCUCCUACAUCACCACCUCGUAUCUGAGCCUGUGCGCCGCCAGCUGGUGGCUCAUCUUCGCGCUCUGCUUCUACCUCUCCUCCCACAAGAAGUGGUCCAGCGAAGCCCUGGAGAAGCGUUCCGGCCUCUUCCACGUCCUAGCCUGGGUGCCACCCCUGGCACCGCCCAUCGCCGCCCUGCUCCUAGAGCGGGUGCGUCCCAGUGAGCUCACCGGCAUGUGCACGGCACCGGGAUUCGUGGAGCUGCCCGCCCUGGUUCUGCUCCUGCUGGGACUCUACUUCACUUUGCGGGCCUCCCGCUCCCUGCUCUCCCUGCAGCAGCAGCUACAGCCCACCUUGGCGCUGGCCCACCACCGCUUCGGCCAGAUCCGGAAGCGGUUCGUCCUCUUUUCGCUGCUCUACUUCGCGCCCACGGCCGCCGGGGUGAUCGCCGCCCUGUGCGAGCGCUACGUGGACUCCGUGCCCGGCUGCUCCACGCCGGAGGACUGUGCCUCGCCGGCUCCGCUCAGCGCCUGGCCGGCCCUGGUCAGGAUCUUCUUCCAGCUGGUGGGCGGCACCCUCACUGGGCUGUGGGUGUGGUCGCGGAAGACCUGCGAGAGCUACCGGAGCCGCCUGGGAGCGCCGGGCUGCACGCAGACGUGCCCAGCCCACAAGUCGGCAGGGGCGCUCCCCAAGAAGCAUCUCUACACCAGUGGGAAGUCCACGGGUGGUCUGGUGGGAGGAGGAGGCGGAGGUAGUGCCUCCUCCACGGCGCCCCUCUACGCCGGCAUCAGUUUCCACAACGUCCCGGUCUACAAUCCGAACCAGUCGAGGGUCUAGAACUAAUAGUAGUAGUACUGAGAGGGGAUCUAGGUCCGGAUCCUGGCUCUCCGUACUCCCAGCCCGAAUGUACAUACAAUCUUGAUCCCACAAGGCUUUAAGCUCUGAUCUAAGUCCAUGGUGACUCCAUGUACGCCUAGUUGUAAGCUCAGAAAUAUUCAAUAAAACCGAAAUGUGUUAGUAGUUUUAGAGAUCCCCCGAACCCCAGUUCCCAGUUUUUUUUUAAUAUUAAUUAUUAACUAAAUAUUAGUAGUUGCCUAGUUUACUCAAGUGUACAUAGUUUUUUUUCGAAAGCUAGUGUCUAAUGAAUUAGUUCUAAGCUCGGAUACAAUUUGAUUGAAAGUGUAAAUAAAACAAAGUAACUUAAUUGAGUGGAAA